AUGGGGCCGCCGCUGCUGCUGCUGGCGCUGGGCGCGCUGCUUUGUUCCGCCGCUGCUGCUGGCGAGGCUCGCGGGGCGCGGAGCUGCGCGGAGAGCCGGCAGGCGCUGGCGGGUCGGGGCUUCGCGCUCGCCUCGCUCCCACCCAGCCUCAUCUCGGGAGAGCACCUGCGCAUCUGCCCCCAGGACUACACAUGCUGCGCCAGUGAGACGGAGGAGCGCCUCAGUGAACAAAGCCAGGGGGACCUGCAAGCCCUGGUGGGGGGAGCCGCUGCCUUCCUGCUCAGCACCCUCACCUCCCGCCAGCGUCGCUUUCAGGAUUUCUUCCGGGAGCUUCUUGCAGGAGCUGAGCACUCCCUCCAGGCCAUGUUCACCCGCUCCUACGGGCGACUGUACUCUCAGCAUGCCCGUCUCUUCCAGGGACUCUUUGUGGAGCUGCGACGUCACCUCCAAGGGGCCCGGCCUGGCCUGGACGAGGCCCUAAGCGACUUCUGGGCUCGCCUCUUGGAGCGGAUGGUGCCACUGCUCAACCCCCAGUAUAGCUUCCCUGAGGGCUAUCUGGAAUGUGUGGGGCGCCAGGCAGAUGGUCUGAGGGCCUUUGGGGACAGUCCUCGCCAGCUCCGAGUGCAGGUGACCCGGGCCUUCAUUGCCGCUCGGGCCUUUGUUCAGGGCCUGGCAACUGGGCGAGAUGUGGUUGCCCAGGCAGUCAAGCUGUCCCCCAGUGGGGAGUGCCGCCGGGCACACAUGCGUCUCUCCUACUGCCCGCUCUGCCAUGGAAGCCCAGCUCUUAAGGCUUGCAAUGGAUUCUGCCUCAAUGUCAUGAAAGGCUGCCUGGCAAGCACCACCGAAAUGGACCCCGAAUGGGAGCGAUUCCUCGAUGCACUGACCCAGCUGGCUGAGCGUCUCGGAGGACCCUUUAACUUUGAGUUGGCGGCUGACUCAAUUGGAGUGAAGAUCUCCGAGGCUAUCAUGUAUCUGCAGGAGCACGGCAUGCAGACAUCAGCCAAAGUAUUUCAGAGCUGUGGCAGCCCACGACCAGUCCCUGGCCGCUCCCGCCGUGCCACACGUGAAGAAACCAAACGCCGCUUCCGAACCUACUCUCCUGAGGAGAAACCAACCACUGCUGCAGGAACCAACCUGGAUCGGCUGGUGCUGGAUGUGAAGGAGAAGCUGCACCGUAUGAGGCGCUUCUGGGUGCUGCUGCCCCACACUCUCUGCAGCGACGAGAAGCUGGCUGCCGAUGUCACCAAUGAGGGCAGCUGCUGGAACGGGCAGGCAAGGGGCAGGUACCUCCCAGACGUGACGGGUGAUGGGCUGGUGAACCAGAUCAACAACCCUGAGGUGGAGGUGGACAUUUCGCGGCCUGAUAUGCCCACACGCCAACAUGUCCUGGCUCUACGCAGUGCCACGUCUCGCUUGGUGGGGGCCUGCAGUGGGCAAGACAUCGAUUUCCAGGAUGCAGAUGACGGUGGCAGCAGUGGUUCAGGGGUUGGAUACAGCGAAGACCGGCCAGCUUCAGGGCCAGGAGGAGUGGGUGCUGGAGAUGUCCUUGUAGGCUCCCGCCCUUCCCCUGAAGUCCGGCCACCCCGCAGGCCUGGGAAGGGGGCCUCUUCCCGGCAGAACCAGAGUGGGGGAAGGCUCAGCAGCGGGACAGGGCCCUCCCCCAUCCACACCCUCCCUCUCUCCCUCCUCUUGCUCCUCCUGGGGGGAUGGUGACCCUCACCGAUUUGGCACCUCUGAAGGGCCGAUUUU